AUGAUGCGAGGAACCGCCGGAAGAGAGUCCAAGAGUGGGUGACGUUAUUUGAUUCUCGAGCUCAUCUGUAGCCCACUUGCAGCUUAUUCGACUGCUCCAAAUGAAGAUUCCGACAUGCCAAGAAAGUGUGUUGUGAUUCGAAAGAAGAAGAUCGGCGAGAACAUCGAGAAGAUCGAACUCCGCUACGUCGCUUACAACCGACUAGAGAACGGAGAGCACACCACUGUGAGGGGGCUCUCCGACUUCCGAUUUUAAUGAAAACGGUUUCAGACGAUGGAGGCGAUCAACGAUGCGGCGAGUUACUUCAAGGAUCGUGCCGGAGACUUGGACUAUCAAGAGGACGCCUCGACCAAGAGCUCUGCGAAGACGGUCACGAUCACGAAGAACGACGAGAAGGGCAAGAAAAAGCUGGAGCAGUGCGUGCCGAUCCUCCAGAGCAUCCGUGCUCGUUUUGCGGCCACCGAGACGAACAAGUCGUUCAGUGUGCACAAGAGAACUCAGAGCGGAGCGCUCAAGUCCCUGUGCGACGAGAUACUGGCGGAGGCGACGUACGUGCUGCUGAACGGACAUCCGGUCACUUCGGAGCUCAUCAAGAAGAUCGCCAAUAUCAACACUCUGUCGAGACAGGUGCUCGCCAACGAGAGCAAGAUGGAGAGCCUUGUGCAGGAUGAGGUGAGCGGGCGGGACGGAUGGAUCGGAUGAUGGGUUUGCAGAACGAGUUGGCUGCUUCCAAAUCGAAGACCAGUGACAAGUUCACCAAGUGA